GAUGGUGAAAUUCAUCCUGAAAUCUGUAGACUAUACAUCCAGUUGCAGUGUUGCUUAGAAAUGUACACAACAGAAAUGCUCAAGUCCAUAUGUCUGCUAGGAUCGCUGCAGUUUCAUCGGAAAGGAAAAGAACCUUGCGCCCCACCCAAGAUCCUAGAUACUAAAGUGGAGGAGACUUCCGAAGUACCUAUUUUAGAAGACACAUCAUCAUCACCAACAGAUAUUCAACAGCAUUUAUGGCAGGUUUCCACAGAUAUUGAAAACACUGAAAGAGAUAUGAGAGAAAUGAAAAACCUUUUAAGUAAACUCAGGGAGACUAUGCCUUUACCACUGAAAAAUCAAGAUGAUAGCAGCCUCCUAAACUUGACUCCGUAUCCAUUGGUAAGAAGACGGAAGCGAAGAUUUUUUGGACUGUGUUGUCUUGUCUCAAGUUAGAAGAUUAAGUAUAGAAGCACCAAGAAAAUCAUUAUUAUUUGACCACGGAAAAGAUGAACAUUGCUACAUGUGAUUCUUAAGUACAUUUUCUACAUUAGCCUAUUCUUUUUCUCUUCUGCUCCAUCUCCCUUUCCAAAAUAAGGGUUUUAAUAGUUUACAGUUACGGUGGUCAAAACCCAGAUGUGGAAUAGGUCUAGCAUAACUAAGAAUGUUUUUACAACUUUUUAAAGUAUGUUUUGCAUGCUUACUUUCAACUACUCAGAGAAAAGACACAUGAAUUAUGGUU